AUGGACUAUUGGGAGCUCAUGGCAUUUUGCUUGAAGGAUCUAGAAGACAGAACAGAGCAAGAAGCUGGUAACAGAAGGAGCAUAGAGCAGGGUGAUCUGAAGGCACAUGCCACUAUGAGCAAAAGACAGCUGUCGGUAACUGAGCUCCAGUUACUUCUUUGGGAAGAAGGGAGUCUGGCACACUUCAUUGAUGUAAAGUCUGAGCAAGCCCUGGAAACACAUGAACAGCAGCUGGAGGCCUGUCAGGAGAAGCUUGCAGCCCUAGAGGCCUUCUCGCAUCAGACCAGACAAAUACAGCAGCAUGCUGAUCCUAUUCAGUUGCUGGAGGUGGAGCAUGACAGCCUUCACCUGAUGCUGUAACUGCCUGAUGACUGUCUGAUGACAGUAAGCUGUAACUGGAGGAAGUUGUUCUACCUUUGUGGUCCCCAGAGAUUCAGUAAGUUAUGGCAAGUGCUAAGCAGGGAUGCCUUCUCUGGGAGCCAUUACCGGGAAGUGGACCUGCUCCACAUUGGAGCAGGAGGGCGGGCUGGUGCAGCCUACCCUUCCAUUGACAGGAAAGGAGACUCCAAAACCUGCCAAUGCGGCUGGAACAGAGCAUCCUCGUGCCUUAAGAACUUUGAGUUUGCAUACUGGGCAUUUCACUAGGGGGAGUGAAUCCCCCCCAUAGGAGAUGAUCCCAAUCACACUGGUGUUUUUCUGGAUUAUGAAGCAGGAAUCCUUUCAUUCUACAAUGUCAGUGAUGGCAUGGCUCACCUGAACACCUUCCCUUGCAGCUUCACAGAACUCACGUACCCAGUCCUGAGGCUCUGGGAAGGAUCUGCAGUUAGAGCAGAAGCAUGA